GGCGGGCGACGCGCGGCCGUCACAUCACGUCCCGCCUUCGCGCGAUAUACUACACACUCUCCACUGUCACCGUACACUUGAAAACGUGAACAUGAAACGACUGUUACUUCUCGCAGCCCUGUGCACCUUCGCCGUGGCCAUGGUCCCUAGGCAGAGGAGGGCGAUGGAAGACAACCAAAGUCCCGCAAGCAUCCAGAAGCCAAUCUGCGAGUCGAAGACGCCGUGUGGCUGGCUCUUCUACAAGGAUAAUAUUGAAUUUAUUCAUGAGAGAUGGGAAAGGACUAAUGACUAUUGUGUAUGCGCUUCAAAUUUGACGUGUCAAGAAGACGAAAACGAUACCUUGGCCAAAGCCAUCGUCAAGCUGUGUAAAGUGCCGGUGCCUCCGGCCCAAGACGAUAAAAAGUCAGACAACACAGAGAGCUAGCGAGCUACGCUUCGACAAACUUUAAGCUGUGUAUCGACGACAAAGCAUCCGUCUCUUUUAAGAACCUAUCUGUGUGGUCCCAUUAAUAAUUGAAGUCAGCGACCGGUAUAACUACAGAUGUGUGAGAUGUGUUGUGUAUGUUGCGCAAAGUUACCAAAAAGUUGGAAUAGUUCUUGGAAAUUUGACAGGAAACAGAGGAAAUUUUCAUUUUAGAAAAUUUUGAUUUCUAUACAAAAAAAUCCGUAUUUCGCAGUUUUGGAAACUUUCCGACGGCACAUCAGUAGUUAUAACUAUGUGUAAAAUUGCCGUUUCGUUUCCCAUUGUCCCAACCGAUAUCGGAUUUCUAAGCAAACUUGUCGAAGCCCUAUCAGCUAUCAUACAAUAAUAUUUACGUCUGAUCAAAAAGCUGAUUCGAUCGGAGCGAUAAUGUUGAAAGCACUAAAAUUUUUAUCGUAAUGUGGGAUUAUCAUAAUUGUCCAGCGCAGAAUAGAUUUUUAUCAGACCUUAAAAAACAGCUGCUUAUGUCGGAGAUAAAUACAAAUUUUACUUAUCAGUACAGAUGCUAUCGAAGCAUCAUAUUGUAGUUAUAAGACAAAUACGAGUAGGUCAGGAAAUUAUCCAAGCUUUCAUACUCGAGCUCAAAUGACGUACAUACUUUUAGGUUAGAGGCGAACCAAAACCAUAAGAAACAAGAAUUUUUAAUAAGGUACUGUCUAUUCUCAGCAAAAGGCACUCAAUGUUGCCAGGACAAAGUUAAUUUUACCAUUUUUUAAGAUUAUUUUAAUUUUUGUGCAGUCUUGGAUAUUUUAACAUUUGACACCCUUGUAUUCCGCCUUUUUAUUUUUAAAUUUUAUGUUGACAUGUAGUGGAAGCCGUACGAGCCCAAUUAAAAAAAACGCAAAUCGAUGUACAGUUUAGCCACUCCCCUCCUAAGGGAAUUCUUUUUGGGAACUGCGGGUCAAAAAAUUGUUUUGACCUCUAGUAUGCGUGUGCCAAACGGCUAAACUGUACAUCGAUUUGCGGUUUUUUUGCGUACAGCUUACACUAAUGAUUAAAUCACUCGUGUGACCGCAACUGAUAUUAAGUUGACCAUGUACAUUAAAAAUAUAAAGUGAAAUGAAAAGUGAUAUUCGACAGGCGAAUGUAAACUUAUUGGCUUUAAAUUAAUAAAUAUUCUGUAACUAAAUUAUAUAUUGAUUAAAAAACGCACAACAGAUACUUUUCUAAAACCGAACGUGGACAACUUUAACAUAAUUUUGGUACUAUUCAUUUUUAGUCACAAAAAAGGAAAAAUUGUAUUCAAAUUGUAACGUUAUUGUUUAUGCUAUUUAUAUGGACACGUAUACUUAGGAAUUGCUAAAGUCGUCGUCAAUAGAACUUGCAAACAAUGUCAACAAACCAUUUUACCUUCAUUACUUCGUAAUCUCGCUUUUUAAAAGGACAACCAUGACCUUAUCAACAGUAUAUAUAGGUAUACUUAAAUAUUUUAUUAAUAUUUUUUAGUUAAAUUGUGGUUAAAUUAAAUGUUAAUUAUUAAUAUUUCAAGGAAAAUUACCUUAGGUUAGGUUAUGUGUCAACCGCUAACAAAAUUUGUCAUAUAUGUUUACAUUAUUUGCAAGUUCUAUUGUCGACGACUUUAUACUGGAGAUACCGCAUAAGUCCGCGAUACACUACAGAUAAUUUUUUCCACGAAAACGCUAUAACGAAAUUCAAGUACGAGUCUACGAUUACAAUUUUGUUUGUUAUUGUAAAUUCACAAUUUGAUUUCCAAUGUUAUAUAAAUUAAAUAAUAUAUUAAGUAAGAUUUUUCACCAAUCUGUACAAAUAAAAAUAUAAUAAUAGCCAAUGGUUAAUGUGUUGCAGUCACUUCCAUACAUUCAUCAUUACUAGGUGAACGUACCUACUACCAAAGAUCCAUUGAUUGUGUAAGAUGUGUAAAGUAAAAACAAAUUCCUAUACGCUGACCUACCUUGCUGUCAAAAGUUUACCUACCUUGAAAUUGGCAAGUACUGUAGAUGGCGCUGCACGGCUUCAUACAAUAUCCUGUAACUUUUGUUAAAAGUUGACAUUUAACAAUUCAGUGACUAUAAAACGCAAUACAGCGCCAUCUGGUUCGGCUGUCAAACUACGGGAUACGUUUCUUUCUUAGACUUUACCUCUCUCUUACAAUCAAUAACUCUUUGCUACUACUCAUUAAUUUUUAUUUUUAGUAUUUUUUUUAGUAAAUGUGUGAUGGAUGGUAUGAGUAAUGAUGCGAUAAUUAAAGUACUUAAUAGAUUUAAAUAAUAAGUAGAAUAUAAGGUGAUAUUCGUCUUUCGAAUAUUCACAUUUGCAGUUCCUAUUUUUUUCUUUAAUCAUUUACGAGAAUUACGAGUAUGUGAGAGUGAGGGCUAGAUCUAGAUUUCAUUAGAAACAUGCUUUUUGUAAUAAUUGUACGUUUCUUUUAUGACAUACUGAACUGUAUUAUUAAAUAUGUUUCAUUAAUAAGAUUUUCUUAAUAAUUAUUUCUAUUACUUUUUAAAGAAAUAAAAUGAAUGACUAAUU